AUGAACGGCUCACAGGUGGGAGCUGCGGCCAAGGCUGCCUGGCUGAGCUGCUGCAACCAGUCCGGGCUGCCACUCGGACCCCCGGAGGGGCCGCGGAUGGUGCAAGCAGUGGUGCUGGGUGUCCUGUCCCUUCUGGUGCUCUGUGGGAUCCUGUUCCUGGGUGGUGGACUCCUCCUCCGCGCUCAGGGCCUGAUAGCCCUGCUGGCCCGAGAAAGGCAUUCAACCCCCGAGGCUGAGCCUGGUGCCUGUGGAGGGGAUGAAGACUCCUAGGUGUCAGCUGCUCUUGAGAUCCAGCGCCUUCUGUGCCGUGCCGUGCCGUCCCGAGCUCAGCCCCUUCUGUGCCAUGCUGUCCAGAGCUCAGCCCCUUCUGUGCCAUGCCGUCCAGAGCUCAGCCCCGUCUGUGCCAUGCCGUCCAGAGCUCAUUUCUGUGGGGCACGGCAGAAGGCUCAACCCACAAACUCUUGUUUCCUGCACAGGUGCUGGACAUCUCCCCUCACCUGCCGCCCACCCGCACCCUAUUUGUGCUUGUGAGAUGGACUGAAGAUGCCGGACCGGUGACUCCUCAUCCUGGGACUCUGGUACUCGGCUGUCUCCGAGCUGCUCCCGACACUCCUGGGGUGGGUGCAGGAGACUGACUCAUGCUCAGAACAAGUGAGCCUGCUUGGUGACUGCCCUGUGCCAUGGGCACUGCGUGGACACGAGUGUGCCCUCUGCACACCAAGCUCUGUGGACAUGAGUGCAGUUCCUGUUUUGCCUGAUGCUGUACAGCAGGAUCUGACCACCCAGCGACCUAUUGCUGCUGAGAACCUGGGUUACUAUUUACCAUCUGGAGAGUGCGUCAGCCAUCCAGCAACACGCCAUCGCUUUCCAUGGCUUUGCCAUUAAAUAGGCC